GUGGGUUGGAAUUCUUGCUCUCUACACGGUUCAUAAGGGGCAGUUUAACUGCCCCGGGGGAGGAUUACUGCACAGCUAUUUACUUGUCCUCCUCGUUCUUCUGGCUUCUGUAAUAUGUGCGUUAUCUGCUCUUGUGUACAUCAGUAUGCAAGGAACAAUUUCUAAUCCAGGCCCAAGGAAAUCACUUCCCAAGCUACUUUACACUCGCCUAUUUCUCUAUUUGCCUGAAUUCGUCUGGGCUGUUGUGGGAGCUGUGUGGGUGUCAGACAGCAGUGUGCACUGCGAGAAGACUGUGAUAAAUGUCAUCAUUGGGACAGUUAUUGCGAGCUGGAUUAUCAUCGUCUUUACCAUCAUUGGAGUUGUAAUUGUCUUUGAUCCGCUUGGGGGGAAAAAGACGUUUUACCUCACCGAUAGUGUAAAUCGGAACCUGGAAAGCAGUCAGUCAGGGCAGUUGCUAUAUAAUGUGAAGAACACGGCCACCCGAGUCUGGGAAAAAAGAAUCAGGUUACUGUGUUGUUGUAUUGUGCAAGAUGAUGACCAUCGAGUGGCUUUUACAAGUAUCGCAGAGCUUUUCCGCACCUACUUUUCAGACACUGAUCUGGUGCCAAGUGACAUAGCAGCUGGUUUGAUUCUGCUCCAUCAAGAGCAAGAUAAAAUGGAAAGUUGCCCAAAAGAGCCUGAAGAAGUCCUGUGUCAUUCUCCAUCAUCUCGUGUGACAGACGACUUGGAUAUCGAACUGGAGAAUGCCGCUCACUAUAUGCUGUUUGCUGCAGCUGCUUAUGGCUGGCCCUACUACAUAUACACCAACCCCUUUACUGCACUUUGUAAGCUCAAUGGUGACUGUUGCGGAAAUAGACCAACAGAUUCUGAUAUAACUGGCAGUGAUCGUCAUAACUUUCACUUUGGAUCCAUCCUAAAAAUAACAGGACUGCAGUACAGAGACUUCAUUCAUAUCAGUUUUCAUAACAAGAUCUAUGAGAUUCCAUUUUUUGUUGCUUUGGAUCACAGAAAAGAAGCUAUUGUGGUUGCUGUGAGAGGAACUCUGUCUUUUGAGGACAUUCUCACUGAUCUGUCAGCGGACUGUGAAGACCUGACACUGGAGGAUGUUCUGGAGAAUGGCUUUGUGCAUAAGGGAAUAACUCAGGCUGCAAAUUACAUCUAUCGAAAGCUGAUCAACGAUGGCAUUUUAAACCAGGCUUUCACCACUGCUCCAGAAUAUAAACUUGUGAUAGUUGGUCACAGUUUGGGUGGUGGAACAGCUUCUAUAUUGGCAAUCAUGCUGAGGAACUCCUUCCCAACACUGAGAUGUUAUGCCUUUUCUCCUCCAGGAGGACUUUUAAGCAAAUCACUUGCAGAUUACACUAAGCACUUCAUUGUUUCAGUCAUUGUUGGAAAGGACCUUGUAGCAAGGUUAAGUAUGCCCAACAUGGAGGAUUUGAAGAGGAGAAUAGUGAGAAUUGUGGCAAACUGCAACAGACCCAAGUACCAGAUUUUGCUGCGUGGAUGUUGGUACGAAGUAUUUGGAGGAGAUCCAGAUAACUUCCCAACUGAGCUGGACGGUAGGAACCAAGAUGCCCUCACCCAGCCACUCCUGGCUGAGGAGAGCUUAAUGGUUCGUCGAUCAUCUUCAUACAAUGCCCUUGAGGAUGAAUUGCAUGCAAAUUCACCGCCUCAGUAUCCUCAUCUGUAUCUUCCUGGAAGGAUUAUCCAUAUUGUGGAAGAAUCCAGCUCUAGGAGGUUGUGCUCUUCAGCUGUUAAAUACACAGCACGAUGGUCAGCUGAAACGAUCUUCAGCAGCAUUUUAAUAAGUCCCAAGAUGAUAACGGACCAUAUGCCCGACGUUGUGCUCAAGGCGCUGAACAGUCUGUCUCAGGAACGCGGAUUGUGCAUCUCCUGUCGAACGCGAGAAUGUAACGCCGAGGUGGCGUAA